GUACAUUUAAAUUAGAAGUGCAUAGACAAGAUGUUUAGACCUGUUGCUCGUUUAUCUUCCAGAAGAUUAUUUUCAAUCACUCCAAGAAAAUGCAAUGCCAUUUCCGACUUAUACAUUGCUGAAAUCAAACAAUUCAAGCCAAAGGUUUUAACUCAAGCUGAAAUUGCCAGUGCUGUCCAAGCUUUCCAACUUCCAGCUAAGCCAGUUGUUCCACAACAAGAAGUCUCUGCUGAAGCUGUCAAGCAAUACGAAACCUCUGAUGUUGAACUUGCCCACGCUGUUGCAACUGAAGGUGGUGAACCUGUUGCUGAAGACUGGUUUGUCUUUGAAGAAGAACCAGAAGAACACCAUUAAACGAUAUAGAACAGGUAUUUUGAUUUGUGCAUAUACAUAUAGGGAGACAACGAUGAAUGUAUGAAUAUAACCAAGAAAGUGUUGCCAGUUCUUACGCUUUUUCUAUGUAUAUUGUUAUACGUUGUUGAAAGAAGGAGAUUGAAGUUUCGUAAUAUAUAAAAGAUUUUUAUU